GGCGAAGGAGCCAAAAUGUCAACAGAAAUCCUUCUCUGGAUAUCUGUAAUAACACUCAUGGUCAUGGACAUGGAUUACUGAUAGAGUCUAGAAGUACCAAAUAUACUUGUUUAAGAAUCUUGAAGAUUAUUUUCAAAACAGUACCUCAAGCAUUAAAAGGCCGGGAGAACAUUUCGAGGUAUUCAGAAGAAAGGGGUAUACUACCUACCACCAAUUUAAAAAAAUCAGCCAGAGUGUAUCAGGAAGCCUGUCUUGUAAAAGAUAAUCACAAACUAGCUGAUAAACAUAAACGGUUUGCUUGAUCAAUCACUUCAGGAUAAUAAGGCUUCGUAAAUUAACUUGAGUUUGACGAUUUUUUUGUUUGUUUUGUAAACGUAAAGAACGACUCUAUAAUUCAGCAUUUUCUCUGUGCAACACUGCUGUCACUGUAAAGUAACAUAAACUGUACUUACAGGAAUGGAAGUAAAUGAUGUCACAAAAUGUUCACCUGUGACAAAACUGGACCCUUUGCCAGCCUUUACAGGUUCUUCAAAUGAAGAUCUUUUAAUGAAAAUAGAAAUGAAUGAUCAUACAGCUAAUGACUCAGAAACUACAGAAAAUACACAAGAACAAGAGAGAAAGGAAGUUCAACUCCCAAAACUGAGACCAAAAAAAGGAAGAAAAAUUAAAAUUAAGAGGAAAAAAAAGAUGAAAGGCACAGGAAAGGUAAGUGCCAGUGAAAUGCAAAUGACUGAAGAUUUCGCAUUCAUGAGAAAGAGGCGACAGGAUUUAACUCUUGGAGCUAAAGUGAAGGUUUUAGAGAUAUUAGACCGUGAACCAAAGAUACCUCAGGGAAAGAUUGCUUCAAUGUUUCGUGUAAGUCAAAGUCAAGUUUCAAGAAUUAUGAAAAAUAAAGAAACAAUUUUAGUGCAGUGGAAUCGCUUUGCCACCCCUGAGCGCAAAAGGUGCAGGGUAGGAAAAGCUGGUGAAUUAGAACAAAAGUUAUUAGACUGGUACAAAGAGGCAAGGAAAGAUGAUCUUCCAAUAUCUGGUCCCAUUUUAAUGGAAAAAGCAAAAUCAAUUGGUGUUGAAAUGGGGAUUGAUUUUAAACCCUCUGCAGGUUGGCUAGGGAGAUGGAAAGAUAGAAAUGGUGUAACACUUAAAGUUUUUAAAGAAAAGGAUGGCACUCCCUCCAUUACUAAAGUUGCAAAUCACUGGCGAAGAUACAUGUUCGUUAAAUCUACUAGAGACGUACCAUGGCAAAAUGUUUGGGUUGUUGAUGAGACUGUCUUAACCUAUAAUUCAGUACCUGAUUGUAUGUCUCAAAUGAUCUCAGGUGGAAAAGAUAGAAUGAGUGUUAUUUUAGCUUGUAAUUUGUCCGGUACAGAACGGAAACCAGCAGCUGUUGUUGGAUCUGUACAGUCAUUGGAAUAUAUGUCCCUACCAGUUUUUUAUUAUUAUCAUGAGAAUGCCAAAAUUAACUUGGAAUGUUUUUCUUCAUGGUUACGAGAAUGGGAUCGAGAGCUACAUUUACAAAAGAAGAAGAUAGUUCUUAUAUUAAAUAAGGCAAAACAUCAUCCUGAAAAUAUCCAUUUUUUGAAUAUUAGUAUUACUCAUUUUCCACUAGAAACUUCAAAAGUCCUGCAGCCAUUACAGCUGGGAAUAAUUUCAUCAUUUAAAGCUCUAUACAGAUAUCAGCAGUUGAGGCUUUUGUUAGCAAAUUCUAAAGCAGUGGAGCCCACAAGUAACACCAAUAUGUUUAGCCACAGUUCCUUGUUGUCAUCACAUUCUCAGAGUUUGUCAGCAUUAGAUGCAAUUUACUUAAUAUAUAAAGCUUGGAAACAUGUGAGUCCAGAAACAAUAGCCAAAGGUGCAGUUAAAGCUGGUUUAAGUAAAGAUGUUGAUGCUUUAAAAGUAAAUGAUGUUGUAGGUGCCCCUCCAGGAAUAAGUCAUCAAGAUUUUCAAGCCUUUGUAGUACAAGAUAAUGACUUAUGUCCAAUAGAUCAGGACGACCAUGAAAAAUCAAAUUCACAAACCAAGAAUUCUUCUGGUCCUUAUAAUUAUUCACGUGUAACCAAUACAAAUGUUAGUCAAAACAUGGCCUCUAACCAGCAUACUGACUGUGGAACACAAUAUCUACCUUCAUUACCAAAAGUCCCAGAAACAGUGCUUGCAUGUCAGGUUUUGCGAAAAUAUUUACAACAACAAGGAGGACGCUUGUAUGAUGAGUUUUCAAAAUUGGAAGCAGCAAUUCAGAUGAAUAUGAUUCAGCAGUCGUAUCCAGAUAUGAAAGAGGAAGAUGUAAUUGACCCUUUCCAUGACCCUUCCUCAGUACAUAGUUUUCAUGCCCAUAAACAGGCUGAAAGCUUGAAAGUAGGAUACCUUCAGAAACUACAUCAUGCCUUGGAACAAAAGUCUCUCCAAAAAGAACUUAAAAAAGCUGCACAGGUACCAGUUUCAUCUGCUUCUGAUAAUACAUCAGUGCCAACCCAAGAAAUCAGGAGCGAUACAUUGAAUCAGAAUAUUGAUGUUCAAAGGCAUAAUUUAUCUGGUCAAGAAUUAAUGAGGGAGGAUGUACUACAACAGGAAAUACAACUUCCAGUUCAAAGACAUGCUCUGAUCCAUCAGGUGAUGAUGAGACAAGAAUAUCGACAGGAUGUUCCCGUAGACAGGUCACGUACAACACUUUAUGAAAUGAGACCUGAUAAUGUGUCACCUUUGUACAGACCAGUGCAACCAAAUGGGAGUAAUUGCCAAGGGGAAAAUAAGAAUGGUAACUUAUCUUCCAUACCCACAGAUCUACGAGCUGUCCCCAUGACAGAUCCCCGUGCAGGUGUAGCAUCACAUCCCCCAAGUCAUUCAAAUGAACUUCCACAGGACAUUCGUCAACCUGAUGGCAGACUAGAGCAUCCAGGAAUACCAUAUUAUGCGGUUCAUAAUCCCUUACAUCAGUGUAUAUGUGGUAGUACAGAAUGCUGUUCAUAAACUGAGCUUGAAAAUAGUAAUGAAAACGUUUCUCCUGAUAACUGUACUCUGGCAUACAAGGAAUAUCCUGUACUGUAGAGUGCAUCCUCACAAGAAUGGGAACUUCAGCACAUAUUUUACGUACUGCAUUUGCUACUGGCACAGUCUAAGGAGAAUGUAGUCCACUCCAUGUUGACAUAAAUUAACUGAUUGGGUACCGGCAGUGUGUAAGAAGUGUGAAUGAGCUACUUUUAGAAUUUGGAAGCCACUUUUGCUCUGGCUACAACUCUUCAUUUCCUCUGCAUAUCAUAUUACAUAGCAGGUGUUCUGAUAGGAACUAGAUAUGUGAUUCCAUAUCUUUCCUUCUUUAUUUUCACAGAGUUAUAGAGUGAUUGUCUGUAUAAUUUGUUGGUUUUAUAUUUGAAUUCAGUAAGCAUGAACUACUUUUGUUUUUCAUUUCUUUUUGGAAAUGCCCUCACUUUUGUUAAUGCUUGUGUUUGGGAUAUUUUUUUGUAUAUUUAGUGGCUAAUCUUGUAUAUUAUCCUUACAGUACUAAAUCAUAGUCUUUGCAUUAUGCCACCUCAAUGAGAAACUGAUAUAUUAUUUAUUAUUGAUUUCAGUGUCGGUGAAAAAUCAUUACUAUUUUAUUCCUGAGGUACUUAAUUUUUACUUUCUGGGACUGUCACCAUAGACGUACAGUACAGGCAGUCCCCUGUUAUUGGCAAUCCAGUCUUAUGGGACUUGUCUUGUGCCAAAAAUCAGCGAUUUUCAGUGCUGAAAUGUGCCAAUUUCCAGUUAUCUGCACCUAUAGAGUAUUGGUACCGAUACAAACCUAACAGAGGCGCCAUUAACCGGUUACUGGCACCAAAAUCCGGUUAUCGGCACUGAUAAGUGCCAAAAAUCAGCGUUAUCUGCAAUUUUCCCCAAUCAUCAAGCUGUCAGAACAGAACCCAUGCUGAUAACCAGGGAUUGCCUGUACUAUUGUAUUCUUGGUUCACAAUAUAUAUAAAGUACUUUGCCCUAAAGUUAAAACAAAACAAGAGUUUGAGAGAAGAAAAGGAGCAGCUAAUGGGGUUUUCAGAUUUUAAACCUUGGACAAUGUCUUACUGUCUUAAGUUAAUAUGCUUAACCUUAACACCAAACAAUGAACUAUACAGACAUGAUGCCACUUUUGGUGUCAAGUACGUAAUUGAUAAAAAUCUCAGUGUUGGAACCAUAUUUUAGCUACCCCACCCUCUCCUUGCCCUAUGACAGUAACUUCAACCAUCUUGGUACAACAUGAAGGCAACUGGUUAACCCUUUAACGCU